AUGCGCCGUCUUGUAUACUUCGGGAUCCGGGUCAACUUUACUCCGAAACGCGGCUUUUUUCCCGCAAUUGAGAUCAUAGGCGAUUCUCGUCCGGACACCAACAGAGACAUGCUGUCUCCGCUGAAGCCGUCUGCUCCGUCGGCAUCCCUGCUGCGGUUCUUACACUCUCAAUCUGGCACUGUGACGGGCCUCUCGGCAUGUGUCUCCUUAAAGCCACGAACUUCGAGUCAUACCGCGAUAGGAUCGUCGCGAAGAUCCUCGAGUUGGAUUCGCCCUGACAGGUCACGAUGUGCCGCUGCACUCAACGCAAAAAUUACAUUUACGCCAUCUAGGCCGAAGGCUGCGAUAUCUCCGCGCUCACUCCAACACUUAAUCCUCAACCGGCCUGUCUCCACCCACCGCAAGCCAUUCCUCAAGCGCCUUUUCGAUCUCCGGAAGACGAAGACCGCUGAGUAUAAAAAUACCCAGAACGGGCCGGCUUGGAUUGAUGAAGGAACAGAUGGAAUAUUCAACAUUGGACGUGGUCUGGCGGCCAAGGCCUCGAACGAGUUGCGGAUACGAUGUACAGAAUUUGAUACAAAUGGGAACGUCACGUUAGUGAACGGAGAGUUCCGGAAACUUGAAUUGAUUGCAAAGUACGGCCUUCUCCCUCGAGAUCUGCGCAAGAUCGAUUCCUCAACUCUACCCCAUAUACUUGUCCGACCAAGCGCCAUCUUAAUCAACCUGUUGCAUUUGCGAGUUCUGAUCAAAGCCGACCGAGUCCUUGUAUUCGACGCCUACGGUUCAACAGACUCUUAUAUGCAGUCCCUUUUCAUCUAUGAUCUGGAAGCCAAACUACGCCAGAAGACGUCACAGGUCGCGCAGGCUGCGGCUUUACCUUACGAACUUCGCGCUUUGGAAGCUGUUCUCAUUAGCGUGACAACUGGCCUGGAGGAGGAGUUCAAUGGUGUCAGGGACCCUGUCGUGCGGGUACUACGAGCGCUUGAGGAGGAUAUUGAUCGUGAUAAGCUCCGGCAUCUCCUGAUAUACUCGAAAAAGCUUGGUACUUUUGAACAAAAGGCUCGACUCGUCCGAGAUGCUAUUGACGAUCUCCUCGAGGCAGACGAUGAUCUUGCUGCUAUGUACCUGAGCGAAAGAGCAAAGGGAAAGGAACGAGAUGAAGAUGACCACCAGGAAGUGGAAAUGUUGCUGGAGUCAUACCACAAGGUCUGCGAUGAAAUCGUUCAGGCUAGUGGUAAUCUAGUGACGAACAUUCGUAAUACUGAAGAAGUGGUCAAAGCCAUCCUCGACGCGAACCGUAACUCCCUCAUGCUUCUCGAUCUCAAGUUCAGCAUCGGCACCCUCUCUCUCGCCGCCGGAACACUCUUCUCUGCACUUUACGGAAUGAACUUGAAGAACUUCAUCGAAGAGUCCGACUUUGGUUUCGGCGGUGUCUCGGUUAUCUGCUUCGGCAUUACGGCAAUCGUCAGUGUCUACGGCCUCGCCAAACUGCGCAAACUCCAGCGUGUCCGCAUGUGGGGUGAAUCUGGUGUCGGAAGCAAUUCUUUGAGCCCUUUGACCUCGAGAUCCGGUGCGGUAGGACAGCGAGCUAACUGGCGCGCCGAUUCCAUUGAACCUGUUUGGGGCAGUCUUCCUGGCGAGGCACGGUCGGAGCGUAUUGAGCGACUCCGUAAGAGUGCUGCCGCAGCUGCAUCACAUUCUGCAGCCAGGAAUGCUGCUGCAGCUGCUUCCAGAGCUGGCAGUGCGGCUGCAGCGCAAGCAUCAUCUUCAGCCUUUGAAAGAGCCAUGCAUGCCGAGUGUUCCAAGGAAGCUGAACAAACAUCUCCAGACCCAGCUUCGGCUAAGAAGAAGCUUUGA